AUUUACGAUUACAUUCCAACUACUCCUGCAGAAAAAAUGGAGUCAUUCGGCCCAAAAUAUUUUGGUUCUAAAAUUAUUUCUCUUUUUAAUGUUGUCUCCUGGUUCACGUAUAUCGCUCUGUGUUCUAACAAGUUCUUUACGAAUGACGGUAUCCCAUUUUUGAACCUUGCUGAAACAAACCUGACUGAGGGGUUGGACCAAAAUUGUUCCAAAUUUGUUGGGGAACAUUCUACCGGGAACGAAGGAGCCUUGACGUAUUGCAGUAUUAAGGAGUACGCAUACAGCUUUAACAUUUAUUACGUUGCUGUACCUUUCCUACUUGGACAAUUCUUAACAUCCUGGAUUUUAUUUAGAAGUUCUAAUGACCAAGGCAAAUUAAGGAGUUGGACGACUAUCACGUCAUGGCUACUGUUCGCUUCGCCAAUGAUAUUUUUCUUAACAUACAAUGGGACUGUGACUUUUGAAUUUUUGCUAUUUCAAGUGUGGAUAUUUGUUAAUUUGAUGGGAUUUGUACUUGCAAAAUGUAAUUUGACUGAAGUCACUGAUUGAUUUGGUACGAGGAAUUUCUGCAAAUAAGUAGAUGACAAUUUUUACAAACAAUUGAAAAGAAAAGGUUUCCGUUGUUAAUUGUCUAAAUUGGUUCGUUGUAAAUGAAUCUGUGAGCCUGAAAAAUUUCCAUUAAACACUGGUACUUUCCUUUAGUAAUGUAUAGACCAAAUUGUGUAAAAAAAAAUAUGUGCAAAUUUACUACCCAUAAGUGAGAAAUUCUUUGUUUUAAUAAAAUUGUAAUA